CUUUGGACGUUUGAAUUAGAUAUUUUUAUUUAAAAGGAUUAAGGAGGAGGAAGGUACAGAAUGAUGGUCUGUUAAAAAUGUUUUUUGUCUGAAGAACUAGUGCCUUUGUGUGUUUUGCUAUGGAUAUACCAUCUUCAGAGUCGCAUAAUAUGCAGGGGUUUGGAGCAUCCGUGUAUGCAGAAGGGGCUAAUUUCCAUGGCAUUGUUUACACAGGUUACAACGAAUUCCAUCAUUCAGCAAUUGACGCUAGUCGACAACCAGACGUUGUUUCGCAAUACCAGUACUUUGGGUAUCCAACAUUACCACAGAAUGAGAUAGAAAAUGGGACCUACUGGCCAAGUGGGGACAUCGGUAUUCAUCCUGGGAUACAAGCCUAUCCUGUUGCCUAUACAAACCAUUCUGACUCAGCACAAGGUAUUGACUACAGCAAUAUGUCCAACGGGGGUCAACAAGUCAUAGGAAAAAAUGGGAAGCCAAAAAGAAAACGAGUCCAGUCUGUUGCCCAACGGAGAGCUGCUAACGUUCGCGAAAGACGGAGGAUGUUUCAUUUAAACGAAGCUUUUGACGAAUUGCGCAAACGUCUUCCUGCUUUUAACUAUGAGAAGAGGUUAUCUAGGAUAGAAACCCUUAGACUGGCUAUGACAUAUAUCUCUUUUAUGAAAAGUGUUUCAGAAGGUCAAGACCCUCAGAAGAUAAAGCUAAGGCCCUGUAAAACCGAGGAAAGCGAGGCAUAUAAUUCCAUGCACAGAGAGGGCAGCAGUCCUUAUUACAGUAACGAAUCUUUAGAUGACUGAUACAAUAUUUGGAUGCCGGAAUAUAAGAUUUCAAUGUAAGAAUCCCAUUAUAAAAAACUGUGAAAUGAAAAUAUUUUAAAAAUCUACAGAAAAAAUUUGACAUGCUUAAAAAUCAUCAGGUAAUGAGGCCCAUGAAAUUCUAUCUCAUCACCACUGUCUUGAACAUGUGGACCAAACUCAACACACAUUUACGUAGUAGUGCAAGUUAAAAGAACAAAUAUAAAAACAUUCUAAAAAGUGGGUAUUAUUCUUUAUGACAUCUUCCUUGAACUUUAACUGUAAAACAUAACAAAUUAAAAAAAAAAAAAAAACAACAAACAAAUAAUGUAUUACUCAUUCAUUUACAUGUACUUCCAUUAACAUUAACAGAGUAAGAGGAGUGAAAGUGCUUUUAUUUUUUGAAUUUUAAAAAGUUCAACAAAAUCAUCCAUGUCUUCCAACUGUAUGAUAGCUUUAUCUGUUGUUCGACAUUUCUAAGAAAAUAAAAAAAAACAUGUGUUGCUUUAA